AACAAUACUUCCGGGGGCGGGAGGCGGGAGGCAACCAUCAUUUAAAAUUGUGUUGUUUGCAGCUGAUAGUUUAUGAUUAAAGUGCUGUCUGGCAGAAGAAGCGGGUCAGAGGGUCCGGGGGCAGCGGCGGGAGCGUCCCUUCUCCACUUCGCCGCCGCUGCAUGAUGUCUCACAUAAAGACAGAAGAGGAACUGGACAUAUUUAAUAAAAGUAUAAAUGACUUUUGGAACAGAUUCCGAAAUACUACAUUGAAUGAACACUAUAGUCAAGUGGUGGGGCUGAGAGAUACCUAUAAAGACUCCACUGAAGCAUUGACAGAAAGAUUAUCCACAAAGAUAAAAGAGGAGGAUCGAAUGGUUGAGACUUUUCUGGAAUUCAGAAAUAAGAUCCAUAUCCAAAAUAAGCUUAUUCAAGAAAAACAAGAUAACUUAUCAAAACUGGUUGACAGUAUACGAGAGAAGGAAUGGGAAAUGGAAAAGCUGACAAAAAGUAUACAGGAUCUUAAGGAAUCACUGGAUAAGAAAAAAGAAAUUAUUUCCACUGCUAACAAAGCCAAUAAGGAAAAGUUGAAAAUGCUGCAGAAAUCUUACGAUUUAUAUAAAGAUCACCUUGGACUGGAAAUUCGAAAAAUUUAUGGUGGGAAACUUCAAUUUAUAUUCCGAAAAAUUGACCCUAAAGCUCCUGAAAAGCCGUUUACUUUUUCCCUGCGCAUAAAUGAAGAAGGGGAUUAUGAAAUAUCAGAUAGUGCUCCUCAUCUGGAAUGCUUGGCAGAAUUUCAAGAGAAAAUAAGGAAGACCAACAAAUUUUCAGCUUUCCUUGCCAAUGUUCGGAAAGCUUUUAUUGCGCUGGCCUGUAACGAAUGUGUAAAUAGUGUGUGAAGACUAUAUUUUCAUUUUUUCCUUACUGCUCCCUUUAAAGCUUCUAAGUGACCAUUUUAUGUCUGACUCUUUUGUAUUUUUGAUGGCAUUUUAGCUUGGCAGGAAUUAAUAAAACUAUAUGGCAUACUUGUGAAAGCAAAUUUUGUCAAAAAUGUUCUGUUUCCGAAGGGAAUAAAAAAUGGAACGCAAUAAUGUA